AUGGAAGAGAAGGUAGAGAAAGCAGAGGUAUUGGAAGAAGAGCCUAAAUCAUCGUUGAUCGGUGAGGAUGCGGAGAACAAUUAUCGUGUAUGGAAGAAGAAUGCUCCAUACCUUUACGAUUAUUUAUCAACCAAUUCACUACUAUGGCCAUCUUUGACUGUGCAAUUUUUCCCGGACAUAACAUACCCUGAAAGUGAAAUCGGAAGUGACUAUAUUCUUCAAAGAUUACUUCACGGAACUUUUACAUUGGGACAGUCUGCGGUUGACUCAAUUUCGAUUUUGCAGGUUUCCACCUAUAUAGAUCUCAACAAACAUAUUCAAAUAGACAAGUUGGACUACAACCCAGACAAAGAAGAAUUUGAGAUAAAUGCACCAUCCCUUCCCAAACAAAAGGUUCUCCAGAAGAUAAAUCAAUAUGGUGACGUGAAUAAAUUGAGCUAUAUGCCUCAAAACCCCAACGUGAUUGCCAGUGCCAAUAACUUUGGUGACAUUUUAAUUUUUGAGCGUACCAAACACAAGAGUUUUCAAAAGCUGAUUAUAGACGACAUGGAGGCGAAUAAACCUCAGCUACAAUUAAAUGCAAAGGCGGAAGUUUUUGCUAUGGAUUGGAAUAAGAAUCGAGAAGGCUACUUGGUUGCAGGUAACUCCAAAGGAUGCGUAAGUUUAUAUGAUUUGAAGGAGUAUUCAAAAGCACAAGAUUUGGACGACACCAAGUCAUGGCAGAGCAGAGGUGAUGUCAAUGACAUUGAGUGGUUUCCGACCCACGAUUCUUUAUUCGGGUCUGUUGAUGAAGCAGGGGACUUAAGAGUGCAAGAUAUAAGAGGAGAAGUAAUAAGCAAGCAAUUAUCCACUGCAGCUAAUUCAAUAGCAGUAAACCCAAACUUUUCAACAGUUUUAGCCACAGGAGACUCCGUUGGCUCAAUCAAGGUUUGGGAUUUGCGUAACUUCGAUGAGCCUGUUCAGAGUUUCACGCCUCACUCAAAGUCAAUUACACAACUAAAGUGGCACCCAAAAUUUGCUCAAAUAAUUGCCUCUUCCUCAACGGACUGUCUGGUCAAACUCCACAACUUGUCUAAUAAGGAAGAGCCCACAAUCUUUCAACAUCUUGGGCAUAUGCUAGGUGUCAAUGAUUUUGACUGGUCUUGCGCUGACGACUGGAUGAUUGCAAGUGUUGCUGAUGACAAUUCUCUACACGUUUGGAAGCCAUCGCAACAAAUUCAAAGCGCUAUCUAA